AUGGAAAUACCUGGAAACUCUUCUGCGGAAAUUGUCCAGGGACUCAAAAACGUUAGCGCCGAAUGGUUGCAAGUUACUAGUAGCUCAGAAAUGACGAAGCACCUUCUGUCCAAUCCAUUGUCUGGUUUAGCGUAUGGGCCUGUUAUAGAACCUGAUCUACCUGGUGCUAUCAUAACAGGAAAAUCUCAUGAUAUGUUAGAGAAAGGAAAAUUCCACGAUAUUCCUCUCAUAGUUGGACACACAUCCUUGGAAGCAAUGUUUGGCUCACUAUCAGUUCUAGUAAGAUUCUGGAUGACCAAAUACGAUGCAGAUCCCUCACUUCUCAUACCUCGAAGUAUGAAUGCAGACAACUUGACAAAGAGUACCAUUGCACCAUCAUUGAAGUGGAAAUAUUUUGGAUUGAUGCCCAUCGCAACAUCUAGCGAAGAGACUAUGAGGUUCAUUAGUGAUGACCAAUUUGAGAGACCCAUCCAGGAAGCGAUCCGAUUGUACUCAAGGAAAUCCAAUGUAUACUUCUACAGAUUCUAAUACCAAGGAGGUCUUUUCGGAAUCACAGAUAGACCCGCUGAUGGUGUCGGGCACACCGAGGACCUAGGCUACCUUUUGUAUUUCGGCUACAAUGGAACAGAAUUAGACCGCCGAGUCAGAUCGCGGGUCGUGAGAAUGUGGACCAACUUUGCCAAGGAGGGGGAGCCCACACCCCAUCCAGAUGCUCUUUUGGGCAGCUUCACGUGGCUCCCGAACGACCAAAACCCGAACGGCCAAAAUCCGAACGGCCAAAAU